GCUGAAGGAGAUACCAAGGGCGAUAAGGCCAAAGUUAAGGAUGAGCCACAGCGGAGAUCGGCGAGGUUAUCUGCCAAGCCUGCUCCUCCGAAGCCAGAGCCUAAACCUAAAAAGGCAGCUCCAAAGAAGAGCGAGAAGGUGCCCAAGGGGAAGAAGGGGAAAGCUGAUGCUGGCAAGGAGGGAAACAACCCCGCAGAAAACGGAGAUGCCAAAACAGACCAGGCACAGAAAGCCGAAGGUGCCGGUGAAGCCAAGUAA